AAAAGAGGCGUAAGUUUCAUCAAGUCAAUGUCGAAGAAAUUUCGAAGCAGCAUCCUCUUUGGGAAACACAUCCCUUAAUUUUCAUGAAGCAACCGCGUUUUCCCAAAUUAAUUUAACCCUAAUCAACCCUACACCAAUAACGCGCCGCCGCGUGUCACUUGUUUUCCAACUACAACCGCUUGCCUUUUACUAAUUCUCCUAUUCACACACAAACGCAUCAUCCCUACGUCUACGUAUAAAAACCUAUAUAUAUAUGUAUGUAUAUGUAGAGCGAGAAAGACACAUAGUGAGAGAAAAGAAAGUGCUAUAAAGUUUUAGAUAUCGGAAUCCAAUUCGUAACCACUUUUUCUGAUUUAAUUUAAUUUCACUUUUUUUUCUCUCAUCCAAAGAGAGAAAAUAUCUGCGAAACCCAACCACUCUUCAACCAAUGGGGGAAACCAGGCAGCCGCAUCUGAAUGGGGCCUACUACGGCCCCUCCAUUCCGCCGCCGUCCAAACCGUCCAAGAGCUAUCACCGCCCCGGCCGCGGCGGCGGCGGCUGCUGCUGUAACCCCUUCAGCUGCUGCUGUAGCUGCCUCAUGAACUGCAUCUGCACCUGCAUCUGCCAGAUCAUCUUCACCAUCCUCAUCGUCGUCGGAUUAAUCGUCCUCGUGUUGUGGCUGGUGUUCCGCCCCAACACCGUCAAGUUCCAUGUCAACGAGGCUUCUCUCACCGAGUUCAACAUCAACAACAACACGCUCCACUACAAUCUGGCGCUGAAUCUGACGAUUCGCAACCCGAACAAGCGCAUCGGCAUCUACUACGACCGGAUCGAGGCUAGGGCUUUCUACCAGGGCCAGCGAUUCUCCACCGUCGAGCUGCAGAAGUUCUAUCAGGGGAAGAAGAACACCAGCAAUGUGAGCGCGGAGUUCAAAGGUUCGCAAUUGGUGCUGCUCGGAAACAACGAGAUGUCGAAAUACAACGAAGAUCGAACCGCCGGCAGGUACGAGAUCGAUAUUAAGCUGUAUCUGCGGAUCAGGAUGAAGUUUGCGUUCGUGAAAUCGACAAGAGUGAAGCCGAAGAUCGAUUGCGAUCUGAAAAUCCCGUUGAAUUCGAACGGCACGGCGUCGGGGACUUACGAGCCGACGAGGUGCGAUUUCGAUUGGCGCUGAGCAUCUUUUCGCCUCUCCUAUCGAUGAUCGGCGCGUUCAUCGUUUCUGCUGCUUCGAUUCUUUUUCUUUUUUAAUAUUCGAUGAUUAUUACUUUAUCUUAUUGUUAUUAGUGCUAUUAUUCUUUUGUUUAUCGGCUUUUGAUACACACAUUAUUCUCGUUUUGAUUUUUGAUGUAUUCGGUCGUAUCUGCUCAGCACUGUUUUGUGAAUAAAUAAUGAGUUUAUUGUUUA